AUGAGGCUACUAAGUUGGAACUGCCGAGAGCUUGGCAACCCUCGGACAGUUAGAGAUCUUAGCCUCUUGGUUAAGAUUCACAAGCCUAGCAUUUUGUUUCUUAUGGAAACAAAGUUGCAUAUGAAGAACUUAGAAGCUUUUAAAUUGAAGUUGGGGUUCCAAUGUGUUUUUUCAGUUGAAGGUGUUGGAAGAAGUGGAGGCAUGAUUCUGCUAUGGGCCGAUGAGUUGGGCAACAGAAUGAUUGGUCAGGGAAACCUGCUCAGCUUUGCAGAUAUGAAGACAGUUGGUCUCUAUUUACAGAUUGUGAAGAAGUUAUCCAUAAUGCUUGGCAAAGUACAACAACUUCGAGAGUUACAAACAGAAAUUGAUAACCAGCUUGAAAGAGAACAUGUGGAAUGGAAACAAAGGGCCAAAGAGAAUUGGCUACCGAAAGGAGAUAGAAAUACAAAAUUCUAUCACCUUAGUGCAACUCAGAAGAAAAAGAGGAACAAUAUCUCCAAGAUUGUUGAUGAUACUGGCAAGACAAUUUCUGAUCAAAAGCAAAUAGGAGAGUCUUUCACUCAGUUUUUUAAAGGACUUUUUGCAACUUCCAAUCCAAAGCAAAUGGAAGAUGUGAUCAACACUGUUAAGAGAAAGGUUACUCCUCAAAUGAAUGAAGCUCUCAUAGCACCUUUCAGAAAAGAGGAAGUUGAGGAAGCUGUUUUUCAGAUGGGCCCUUAUAAAUCUCCAGGACCAGAUGGAUAUGGGGCUUGUUUUUACCAAAAAUAUUGGUCUGUGAUAGGGGAGGAUGUUAGUGAUGCCAUUCUUGACUUUAUGCACUCUGAUCAUGGCAUGGAAGACAUCAAUUUUACCUAUUUAGUGAUGAUCCCUAAAUGCAGCAACCCAGUGAACAUUACUGACUUCAGACCUAUAAGUUUAUGUAAUGUGCUUUACAAAAUCAUUACUAAAAUGUUAGCCAAUAGACUCAAACAAAUUCUUCCUUUUAUAAUUUCUCAAAACCAGUGUGCUUUUGUACCUGGUAGGUUAAUUUCAGAUAAUAUUUUGGCUGCCUAUGAAACUUUGCAUGUUAUGAGAACUAAGAUGAAAGAAAGAAAGGGCUAUAUGGCUUUGAAAUUAGAUAUGAGCAAAGCCUAUGACAGGAUAGAGUGGAAUUUUUUGAAAGAAGUUAUGGUGAAGAUGGGUUUUGAUGUUAAAUGGAUUGAGCUUAUUUUGAGACCAGCUCCAAACAGCAGAACAGAAAGGGCAGAUCUCAGGGGUUCCAAUUGCAAGAGGACAGAUGAAGCUGAGCCACUUGUCUCAGGACAAAGACCCAACAGAAACAAGACUUCAUUAUAUUUCAGCAAUAAUAUAAGGCAAGAAACAAAACACUAUAUUCUGCAAGUUGCUGGGUUGAGAGCUGCAUCAAAUAUGGAAAAGUACUUGGGUUUGCCUUCAGUGAUUGAAAGAUCAAAAGUCACAUCUUUUCAAGGUAUAGUGAAAAAGUGUGUAGAAAACUUGAGAAUUGGAAGGUUAAGUUCCUCUCACAAGCUGGCUAAAGUUGGAUCCAGACCUUCUUAUACAUGGAAAAGUAUCAGCUCAGCAAUCAACAUUGUUAAAGAGGGUAUGAUUUGGAGAAUUACCAAUGGAGAAGAUGUUAAAAUAUGGCAAGAUAAGUGGAUUCCAACUAAUAAUUCUGGCAAAGUAAUGUCCCCUGUAAAAAUAUUGUCCUCGAAUGCAAAGGUAACAGAGCUCAUUGAUCCUAAUACCAGAUGGUGGAACAUGCAGUUGCUUCAUGACAUUUUCUGGAUAGAAGAUAGGCAACAAAUCAUAAGAAUACCUGUUGCACAAACCACUCAUUUAAGGGACAAUAUAGCAUGGAAGUAUACAAGCAAUGGUUGUUUUACUGUCAAGAGUGCCUAUCAAUUGUGCAAGCAAAGGCAAGAUCAAGAUAAAGGAGAAACUUCAACAAUAGGGCAGAAUAAAGUUUUAUGGAAGCAUAUAUGGCAAAUGCAAACUAAAAAUGCUGUCAAAGUGUUCAUUUGGCGUGCUUGCAAUAAUGCUUUACCUACUAAGCAAAAUCUGUAUAAGAGGAAGAUUGUAGAGGAACCUUUAUGUCCAAUUUGUCAACAAACAGAAGAAACUCUAGGGCAUGUUUUAUGGGCUUGUUCAUCUGCACAGGAUGCAUGGAUGCUAGGAAGCAGGAAAAUGCAGAAAGCUACAAUCACUCAUGAUGAGUUUGGAGAUAUCUUUAUGGAUAUGUUACAAAGAAUAGGCAAAGAUGAGAUAUGUGUGUUUGCAGAACUGGCUAGAAUGCUGUGGUUAAGAAGAAAUAAAUUGUUGUUUGAAGACUAUUUUGUAGCACCUUCUAUUUUGAUGCAGAAAGCAAAGCAGGCGUGCACUGAGUUCCAACAGCUGCAACACAAACAAUGCUCACCGAGAAGUCAUGGUAAUGAGGAUCAAAUAGCCAAUGAUCUUUGGUAUCCUCCUGAUCAGAUUGGAUCAAGAUAA